AUUUUAUUUUAGAUCAAAUUUGGAUCAAAUUUAUUAGUUCAUCGGUUUUUAGUUCUUAUAUUAUAAUCCAUGGUUUUGCAUGAAAUCAAGCGUCGGAUUACCUUAAAUGGUUAUAUAAUAAUAAAUACUUUGUUCGCAGUUGCUUCUUCGCAGUUACUCCUAGACCCCUAGACGUGUAAACACAAACACUGACUCAUAACUUCGCUUGCUGAAACGAAAUGAUUACAUCAAAAGUGAGCAUUUUGUGUACAAAGGACAGAUAUGUUUUAUUUUUAUGGAAAUUCUUCACAUCCAUCAUAUACAACUCUGUAAAAGUCACAGGUCACAGGAAUAACUUCACAGGGACAUGGGAUAUGCCUAAGAAAAUAACCAGAGAGGUAGCUAACCAGUUAAAUGGAAUGGCGAAUAAGAAAGCUUACUUUGAGCGAUGUGCCCAACUUGCUGCCACUCCACCAUCAACCAAGUACCAAGCAAUAAAGAAGUCGGAGACAGAUCAACAAAGUAGAGAUAAAGAAUCUGAAAAAAGACUAUCUGAAGAUACAAUUUCACUUCCUACAGAUACAGAGCCAGUUAUAGAAAAAAUCAUAUGUCCAAUACACGAUUUCUAAAAAUUCUUAUUUUAUUUUGAAAAUUU